AUGCCAUCCAGCACAACGCCCACGACUGGUCGCGUUUCGCCGUUCCUACAUUCGACCUCGAGACGGUCUUUGGAAUUCGCAUCGCUCCUCCUUCCGUUGCUAGAUCAAGGACCCUGCCUUGCCAUCAUCGACUCUUCAGAAGCUUUGCGCUUCGUCCUAGGUUCUGGGAGACUCAACUUGUGUAACCUCGUACCUGCAGAAGCGUUUAUGCAGCCAGAACACCCAGCCCAAGGCCCAAGUGCCACAUGCGCCGAAGACACCGUAACGUAG